AUGGAGGUUGGAAAGAAGAAGACGCUCAAGUCUUUGAUCUCAAAGGUGAUAAAAGGUCUUUCAUUCUUGGCACUGAAUGGAGCACGUACGAGAAGGGUUUGUUAUUUGAGUGACAUUGAUGAGGAUAAGGAUAACGAAAAUGCAACAAGGGUGCCAGAAGAUGUUAAGGAAGGACAUUUUGCAGUUAUUGCAAUGCAAGGUGAAGAAACAAAAAGGUUCGUUGUUGAGUUGGAUUACUUAACAGAUCCUACUUUCUUGAUGCUGCUGGAGCAAGCUAGUGAAGAGUAUGGCUUUGAACAAAAGGGUGCACUUGCAGUCCCUUGCAGCCCCCAAGAACUUCAGAAGAUUAUAGAGAAUAGACGACUCAAUCUCACUUCGUAA